AUGAGCAGCAAUUCGACCAAGUCUGCUAAGAAACAGUCCUGCCCCAAGGAGGUGCAUAUCAAAGACGUCCACCUGGGCGAUAGCUUGAUGGAGGAUAUGGGUCGUCGUUGUAUGAGCGAGGUCUUUGCGGAUGUCUGGUUCUGCGUCGAGGAUCAGCGACUGCCUGCUCACUGUGUGAUUUUGGCCGCACGGAGUGACUUCUUUCGCGUACUUCUGCACGGCUCUAUGCCAAAGGAUCGCCAGGUACCCCUGGAGGUGGCAUUGGCACCUUUCAAAGUGAUCUUGGCGUAUAUUUACACAGGCACACUUUCAAUCUCUACUCUACCUUUGGUUGCCAUUGUCGACGUGUUGGGCGUAGCCCGUCUAUAUGAAUUGGAGAAAGUAGAGAUGGCUCUAAACAAACGUCUCGAACAGAGUCUGCACCUCAACAAUGUGUUCACGGUGCUAGGUGCAGCGCGUCGCAACAGUCUGGAAGAUUUGGCCGAACGAUGCUUUAAGUUCAUGGACCGAAUGGCGUCCGAACUUCUCAAAGAAGACUCCUUCCUAAUGGUGUCCAAAACCACACUUGGGGAAAUCCUGACCCGCGACACCUUCGUUGUCUCAGAGGAUCAGAUCUUUUCGAUUGUAUGCGAGUGGAUUAGCCGUCAUCCGCAGGAGAACAUCCAGUCGCUAUUCUCCUCGGUGGGACUGCCCCUCACGAGUGAGGAAGAUCUAGUUGUGCGUCCCGCGGGCUACGUAGAACCUGAGAAUAUUCCCAAAUUUGUGCCCUGCCAUACCACCUUGUGGCCAGAGAAGGAUGUGGCUUUUGAUAAAUAUUUUCUGCGGCGUAUCACUGGCAUCCACAAUGAGCCAUUGAUUGAUCUGAGGCACUGUUAUAGGAUCAAUUUCAUAAGCAUCAUAGAACGGCUUAAGUCUGUGGAGAUCUGCUACGAUGUGGAGGUCUCUUGCGAUCAGAAUCGGUGGGAUCGUGUGGGACGGAUGAUGCCAGGUGGAAUGCCGUUACCCGAUGUUUGGAUGAAUAUCUACUUUGCGUUACGCCCCAUUCGAUUUAUUCGAAUUGUGAAUCCCGAAAAUGGACGCAAAGAUUUGCUAAAUUACUUCGAGCUGAAAGCCAAGCACACGACGAAGAUUUUAUAG